AUGCCGAAAUUGAGCUCUUCUGUUUCCUCAAUGACGAUCAAAGCGCCCUCCAAACAACGACCGUUGACCUUAGGAUCAGAAUUGGUUCUUGCUCUAGUUCAAGUUUUCGUUCCAGCUAUGGUACAAAUGAUCUCCCCUUCUGCAUUUGUAUUUUCAACAGAAUGUAUAAAGGCAUUAAAUGCGAUCUUCACACCGGCUUCCUGUGAGAGCGAGGUCAUACCUGACGAUGUUGAAGCUUUCAUUCCUGCGAAAUAUUGGGAGGAACUUGAUAAAGGUUUGCCAAAAAAACAGUCAGUUGAGAUUAAACGUUGGCAAGCUGAGAAUAGUUGGAAGGAUGGUUUCAAUUUUGCUGAACCAAAAGAAAAGGCAAAAAGUGCUAACAGCAUUGAUCAAAUUUGGCAAAAACUUUCGCAAUAG